AUGAAUGAAAAAGCUAGUGUGAUUCUUUUUGGGCCUGUUGGGCAGGGAAAAUCUUCUAUUGCUAACAUGCUGAUUCAAGGUAACAUUAAUCUUGAAAGAAAUGCGUUCGAAAUUAAUGAAAGUGCUGUUGGUACAAGUGUUACGGUAAAUUUUAGUGAAAAUGAUGAUUAUAUAGUUUAUGAUACGAUUAGAAUAGGUGAAUCAUGUUAUGGAAAUGUUCCGCAUGAGGAGGCUGUCAAAACUAUAAGAAAUUAUUUUUCUAAUUGUGAGGUGCCUUUCAAAGAUCUUUGA